AUGGCAGCUGGGACGAUUCUGAUUCUUUUGAUAUGUAUAGUCCUGUUGAAUCAAGAUUCAUCUUACAGAUAUGACUUACAGUUUUUGAAUAACAGCGUGCAGUGGGUAGAUCAGUUGGACAGUGAGUCAGAGGUGGUGAGUUCAAGUCCAGGGUCAAAGGCUCAGGACUGUGGAGAUGCACCUUUGAACACAAGGAUAGUGGGCGGCAAGAAUGCCACAGCCGGCUCGUGGCCCUGGCAGGUCAGCGUGCAUCUUUCGUCGCACAUCUGCGGAGGGACCCUCAUCAGUGACCAGUGGGUGCUCACAGCUGCCCACUGCAUCACAACAAACCAAACUGAUAGAUGGAUUCUCUACUUCGGAAGAGAGACUCAACGUGGACCUAAUGUUAAUGAGGUGAGCCGCAGAGUUACCCAAGUCAUCAUCCAUCCCAACUACAACGACAUGAUGUUCAACAAUGACGCUGCCCUGAUGAAGCUCAGCAGCCCUGUCACUUUCAACAACUACAUCAGACCCAUCUGCCUGGCAAGUAAUACCAGCGAGUUCUUCAACUCCACCCUCUGCUGGGCCACUGGAUGGGGCAAACUUAAGAGAAAUGAGACUUUGCCACCUACUAUGAAACUUCAGGAGGUGAUGGUCCCUGUCAUUGGAAAAAGAAGUGCAGCUGCACUUUCCAAAAAUUAUAAACAUCACUAACCAAAUGAUUUGUGCUGGGGAGAGAAAAAGCAGUUUGUCAGGGGGACUCUGGUGGACCUUUGCAGUGCAAACAAGGCUCAAAGUGGGUCCAGGCUGGCAUUACCAGUUUCGGACUACCUUGUGCCCUUGCGGGUUUCCCUGAUGUCUAUGGCCGAGUGUCUGAGUUCCAGGACUGGAUCAGACAACAAGUGGCAGGAGCCAGUGUUGGAUUUGUGACAUACACCUCCAAUGGCACCGACCAAGACAGCAGCUUUGUGUGUCGCUCAAAUGAAGCUGCGCCCUCCACAUCAUCAAAUGUAACCACACCCUCCUCCUCAUCAACCUUGACAGCGGUGCUUGUGUUUGUUAUAAGCCCAGCGACAGUGUUCCUGCAGCUCAUUUAGCUCAAUAGCAAAGUUUUGCAAAACAACUUGGUUGAAUGCACUCAUUGUAAGUCGCUUUGGAUAAAAGCGUCAGCUAAAUGAAAUGUAAAAGUAACUUCUUUGGUGCUUCUCUUUUGAAUUCAUUUGAUAAAGUUCUACAUUCUACUUACAUAUACAACCUCAUGGUGGUUGCAGUAGAGUUUGUUUGAUCAAAUUGUCGCCUAGGACAAAGUGUUUGGGGGAUAAAUCAAUGGGAAAUCCAACAUUGAGUCACUUAGUGUGGUUGUGGGCCUCUUGGACUUCUAUAAGUCAUAGAGGCCAAUAAAUGCCUGUAAUGCAUAGUCUGUUAAUAAAGUUACAUUCAUUAGAUCUAAUCCUUGUUGGAAUAGUUGAUGGUUUAGAAGAUUGAAAGAGAGAUCUCAGGUCUGAGAAGCUUUCUAAAUAAUAAGUGUUGCAGUUGAUUCUACAUAACUCUGUGUCAAUCAUGGGAAGGAGGUGCUGAUUUUUUUUCUCCGACAGUUUGCAUUUUAUUUGUAAAGAUAAAAUCAUGACUUCUAAGUGUUAAAGGAAUAAACAGCUCAGUAGAGCUAUAAGAGA